AUUUAGUGUAUAAGUGUGCGCUGUUGAAUAAGGUAUUUUUUGUGUUUAAAUUUGUUGAAUAGAAAAAUUUUAAAUAACUGACCAAUUAUAGCAUUAUUUUUUCCCUAAAUUAAAUUUAAAAAUAAAUAAUUGCAAUAAUGUACAAAUAAUAAUGUGCCAAUAUUAUAUUUAACAUACACACAUACAAAAUACAGGUGUAUACCAAAUAUAAAAGUUUUAAACAAAAGAAAAAGUAAAUUCAAUACCUUGAAAGAAAUUAUGUGCCAAAAUAUUGAUACUGUUAUUAAAGAAGACCUAAAAUAAAUUAAUAAAUACAUUCAAAACCAGCUUGAAAAUUUUAAUUAGCAUAAUUAACACAUAUAAAUACAACAUACAUUUAUACACAUGCAAAUGAGUUAUAAUUAAAAAAACAAAAGUUUUUUAUCAAAUUUAUUGAAAAGAAAAAAAUUAAUAAAUAUGAAAAUUCCUACUUAAUUUUCGGCGCUUAUAAUAAAUAUAACAAUUUUAUAUAAAAAUGGAAAUAUUCUCAAUAUAAAACCGGUCUUACAAGAUUGUUAUUAUAUUAUUGAAGAGGCUUAAUGGAUCAUUAACAGAAGCAUCCACCAAUUUUAUCUAAUAACUCGAAUGACCAUCACCAAAUUGAAUACAACUUAUAUGAAAUCACGUCCAUUUAUAAAUGACCAAUUAAUUUUAUUAUACAAAUAUAAUCUACAACAACGUUUUUGAUUUACAAAAGAAAUUACAAAUUAGUAGAAGAUUUGGUGUUAUGUGUGACAAGAAAUUACUUCAUAUGUAAAAUUUUAUUGCACUUUGUGCAAUAUUUACAAUAUACAUGCAAUAACAUUGCAGAACACAAAAGGAAAUUCAACACCGAAUAAGCUUUAUGUAAACUUUAAAAUAAUAUAGAGAAAAAUCAUCAUCACAAAUUAGAGAAUUUAAUUAAGAAAAUACAGUCUUCGAAAUCACUGUGAUAAAAAAUUAUUGUAUAGAAUUUUAUAGGUAGACUGAACAACUAAAAAACAACAAAAUGAAGCUCCUGAAACAGCUAUUUGCAAAACCGGAUAUGCCAUUAUCUGAGGAUACAACAUGUGGAUUUUGGAUAUUUAAAGGAUCAUUUUUACAAAGAUUUGCAAAUAAAAAGGCAUAUGUAAUAAUAUAUGGAAUAGUCGGUUUAAUAUUUUCUAUGACAUACGCAUAUUUUAAUGGUACAAUAACAACGAUAGAGAAACGUUUUAAGAUACCAUCAAAAAGUACAGGUAUUAUAACAGUAGGUAACGAUAUAAGUCAAUUAUUCGUAUCUGCUGCCUUAAGUUAUUAUGCUGGUAAGGGGCAUAGACCAAGAUGGAUUGGUAUUGGAUUAAUAACAAUUGUUGCAUUUUGUUUUCUGACUGCUUUACCACAUUUUAUUUAUGGACCAGGAGAAGAUGCAUUAAUGCUGACAAAAGAGUAUGGGACACAAGCUGAUGUAAAUUUAACAGAAGUACAAGAAAAACAAAAGAAACAAAUGAUGUGCAAUAAAGAUGAUGAUGCUGUAAGUUGUAUAUCAGGUGAUGGUAAUUUAGCACCACAAAUAAUGCUUUUCAUGGCACAAUUUAUAUCAGGAAUUGGAGGUUCCUUAUAUUAUACAUUAGGAGUAUCAUAUAUGGAUGACAAUAUUAAAAAAUCAAAAACUCCAGCACUAUUGAGUCUGUCAUAUUUCAUGCGUAUGUUGGGGCCAGCUUUGGGUUACGCAUUAGCAUCGUUUUGUCUACGAAUUUAUAUUGUUCCAUAUUUGCAUCCCGUUAUAAAAAAUAACGAUCCGAGAUGGUUGGGUGCAUGGUGGUUAGGUUGGAUAAUCUUGGGUAUUUUACUGAUAUUUUCGGGCUUAUUCUUAUCAAUGUUCCCAAAACAAUUACCUAGAGCGGCAGCUCGUAAAGCCGUUGAAAAAGAAAGACAAAAACAAAACUCAAAUGAUGUAAAGGAAUCAACUGAAACACCGGCUGAACACGAAGCAUCAUUUAAGGAUAUGAUCAAAACAUUUAAAAGACUUAUUACAAACAAGACUUUUAUGUACAAUAAUAUCGCCUCAAUAUUUUAUUUCUUCGGAUAUAUGCCAUAUUGGAUUUUUACUCCGAAAUAUAUUGAAGUACAAUAUAGACAAUCCGCUGCAACAUCAAGUUUAGUGACUGGUACAGUUGCAUUAGCUUUUUCAGCUAUUGGUGUGUUACUAUCUGGAUUUAUAAUAUCAAAAUAUAAACCAAGGGCUAGAUAUAUGGCAGCUUGGAAUGUUGCUUGUGGUCUUUUUUCAGUUCUCGGAAUGGUAACUUAUGCAUUUUUAGGUUGUCCGGGAAAUGAAAAUUCUAUGGUUAUGAAUAUACCAGAACCAAAUUCCAAUUUAUUGACGUGUAACUCAUUAUGCCAAUGUGAUUAUGUCCGAUACUCACCAGUUUGUGGUCAAGAUGGUCAGACCUAUAUAUCACCAUGCCAUGCUGGUUGUGAAAAGCAGUAUACAAAUAAUAAAAAUCAAACAAUUUAUUAUAAUUGCGCUUGUAUUUCAUCUACCGUAUUUGAAAAUAACGGUUUAAUUGGUGAAAAACUGUCUAGAUAUUUGAAUUCAACAUCAACAAAUAGUAGUAAUUCAAACUCAACAAUAAUAGAACGUAUUAAGAGAAGUUUAGAACUCUUUGAAACAACGACAUUAGAAAGCAUAACAGACCCAAUGUCAACUGAAACAACGGCGUCGGAAUUUGUAACAACAUCAACACAGUUACCGAUUACAACAACACAGUUACCAAUGACUACAACAACGGAGCAAACAAGUAUUACAACAACGUUUUUGUCUCAAAUAUCUGAAAAAUUGAAUAUGGGAGGACAAGCGAUACCUGGAGCGUGCCCUGUCGAUUGCUUUAAGUAUUUCGUAAUGUUUUUAUCAGUAAUGUGUUUCUUGAAAUUUAUUGGGGCAACUGGUAGAGCAAGUAAUUUCUUAGUAUCUGUAAGAUGUGUACCAGAACAAGAUAAAACUGCUGCCAUGGGUUUAGGGUUAAUGAUGAUGUCAUUAUUUGCAUUUAUUCCAAGUCCAAUAUUUUUCGGCUGGGUUUUGGAUAGUUUAUGUCUCGUCUGGGGCAAAACAUGCUCAACGAAAGGAAAUUGCUGGUAUUACAAUGCUGAAUCCUUAAGGUACAAACUGAAUUUGAUUGCAUCGGUAUUUGUAACUAUUGGUACACUGUUUGAUGUUGGCGUUUGGUACUACGUUAAAGAUUUAAAAAUAUUUGAUAUUGAAGUCAAAGAAACAGAGCUAAAGGAUCUUGAUAAAGAAGAGGAAACCACAAAUGAAAAGAAAGUCGAAAUUUAAUAAUAAAAUUGUAAAUAAUUAGAAAAAAAAGAAGAAGAAGCAAUAUAAUUAAAAAAAAAAAAAAAAUUAAAAACAAAAUAGAAAAAAAAAUAAAUUAUUUUCAAUUGAUUUUUAUAUAUGUAUGUAUGUAUGUAUAAGUUCAUAUAUACAAUAUUAUAUUUGUACGUAUGUUUAUGAAUGUUAAAAUGUACGUAUUUAUUUUAAAAAUUUUUCAAUAAUCGCAGAGCAUUUAUAAAAGUUUUUACAUAUUUUCUGUUUUGUUUUUUUUUUUGUUUUUUUUAGUAUUGUUUGUUCUUUUUAAUAUUUUUAAUAUUUUCCUGUAUUAUUUUGUAAGAUAUUUUUUAAUUAGAUUUUAGAAUAUUAAAAAAAAACAGCAAAACAUCUGAUAUAAAAAUUUUAAUGUUAUUUUUUUUAACAAAUCCGUGGUUUUAAAGCAAAAUUGUCUAAUUGAAUAAAAGUACGCGUUUCGAGUAGUUUAACGGCUUUAUCAUAAUCGGCAAAGCGAAUGACAAAUUUGGAAUGAAUUUGUGAUAUUAUGAUUGCCGAAUUCGCCUAGAUUUUAAGUAAAUAAGAAGCUAUGAAAAUUGCCGAAUAAAAAUUCUGUGUGGCAGCCAUGCCGAAUAAAAAUUCUGUUUGGCAGCCAUGACGAAUAAAUUAAAAUCAAAAAUAAGUACACAUUAACAAAUAAAAUACUUUAAGAUGAAUGAUAAUGUCAUUUUUGAUGUCUUGAAUUAGCAACGUUUUUAUCUGGCGAAUCAAUGAUUAUUAAAGGCAUCAUAAAUUGAAAUAUUUCUAAAUUUGCCAAGUUCAUUCGAUUCUUCUAGUUAUUCGUUUCGCCGAUCAUGAUAAGGCUCUAAGUACAAACAUUUAGACUCAUAGUUCUACCGAAAUAAGUUAUCAAAGAGAUUUUGUCGAUAUUAUUUGGCAAUAUGUAAGUAAAAUAACCAACAACUCAAUUUCAAUUACAUUUAAAAAAAAUUAUUGUCGUUUUAAUAGAUUAAGUUUGAAAUAAGAAUUAAGUUUAUGAAUUAAUUUUUGUAACAAAAUGGAAAUUACUACCGAAUUUAAUUCAGGCAGAUUUUGCUUUUAACCACAGAAUUAUUGUAUAUAUCUUUAUCGAAUAUCAGCACAAUUGCGCUAUUAUGCAAAUUGCCAGAAUGCUAUAUAUGAAAUAUUAACUUUUGUAUGCGAACCUAUAACAUUUUUAGGUUUUGUCUGCAGAAUAUGUUCGCAAUAUAGUUGUAAUGUGCGUAAAAUUCUGUGUUGAUUUAGAUAUGUCCGUCCGUCCGACAAUAUGAUAAUCCUAUAAAAACUAUAUUUUUUCUGGCAGGGAUCGAUGCUAUUCGCACAAUCGAUUUGCCCGUUACCUGCCAUGCAGCUCAAAAACCUAAUUUUAAAAAUAUAAACUAACUGCAUGAUAUUUAGCAUGUAAUUCAAGAGCAUAUAUAAUUUUAAUUUUGAAAUAGCUAUUAUGUAAAUAAAUUACAAGAUAAUUUCAGUCUACAAAUGUAAUGUGUAAAUAAUUUUAGUAUAGGUAUACAUUAAUUGAAUACAUCAAGAGUCAAAACAAUAAUGAAGUAAUUCGCAGAUCAAUAAAGAUUUUUCACCAAAAGAACCUUAAAAGCUUGAAACUGCUUUCCAAAAAAUUACAAUAGUGUGAUUUGUGAUACUUUUUACAUUUCUUUUUUAACAUCUUCCAUUUUCUUUACAAAAUAACCGGCAUUCUCGACAACAAAUUGAUUUCCAUAAAAAACGAAUUUAAAAAAUUUUAUAACAAUUCCAGUCGUUAUUCGCCGGGCACACUCAAUUAAAUUUUUUAAUAAUUACAAUUCCAAUUCAGCAACAUUUUUAUUCGAAAUUCGAACAACAUUCUUAUUCGAAAUAAAUUUAGUAGAAUUUUUAUUCCAUAGUCUAGUUAAAUAAUUUUUAAUUGUGAUUAGUUGCAAAUAUAACUUUAAUUUUUUGUAUAUAUAUACCUAACAUUUUUUAUAUAAACAUGUUAUAUAUAUAUGUAUGUAUAUAUAUGUAUGUGCAUAUGUAUUUUGUAUUUUAGAGAAUUUGAUUUUUUAUGAAAUUGUUAAAUUUUUGUUAAAUAUUUUUAUUUUAGCUGUUUUCCCUACAAUUAUGUAAAUUUAAUAAAAUUAUCUGUUUAUAA